UCCUCCUCUCCACGCUUCAGACCUGCAGCCACAUCAGCGGGACACUUUUCUCAAGAAACAACCGCUUCAUGACAAUUAUCUCCUCUCCGUUAACCGGCAGGUUUCCGCUGAUUACCUGUGCACAGUCGGAGGGAUUAAAGGGGAACACCGAGGAAGUGAUGGAGCGCUCCCGUUAAAAAAGUUGAAGCGCUCAAAGAAGAUAAUCUGUCUGCUCCUCCUCCUCCUCCGGUGCUCGGCGAGCGGCUGUCUGUUCCUUCCCACCCCGCCUCGGAGGCCAUGGGCUGCGGCUUGCGGAAACUGGAAGACCCGGAGGACAGCAGCCCCGGGAAGAUCUACUCCACCCUGAAGAGACCUCAGGUGGAGACCAAAACGGAGACGGUGUACGAGUACGUGCUGCUCGACUUCAGCCUGGAAGGUAGUCGUCCCACGGUGCAAUAUGUGGCUUCACUCUCCGAGCUGCCCCAGGCCCUGCAGCCCUACUACACACAAGGCUACGUCCUGACCGCCUUACACCCCAUCAUCCUGUCUGUGGGUCGAACCCGCUCGCUCCCCUUCAGCCUGCUCUACCGAGCCAUCCUGGCCCGUCCCAGAUCCAGUAAGCAGAUGGCGUCCAUGUGUUACAGCGUGCCGAUGUUGAAGGUGGAGGAGUGGCCGUUACCUGGAGAGUCACUGACCGGGGACACGGUCCGAGCGCUCAUCGACAGGGUGAACAGCAGCGCUCGGGGGGGCGUUCGAUUCGUUGGCUCGGUCCUCCAGCAGGUGAGCGGGAUCACCAACGGCCGGGUGCACAGCCCUAAGAGGAGCUGUCGCUCCCCUCCACGCACCCCCCCUGGUACUCCGCCCGGAGACAGAGAGCUGGAGGAGAACACCUACAGUCCUGAUUUGAGGCUGCUGGUCUUCUUCCACUCCUGGGCUCCGGGCUGUGCUCCUCUGGACUCGCUGGCCUGUCAGUACCACCAGGGGGCGCUCUCCAUGCGCGUGUCCAGGAAGGGCCAUGUGGUCAGCUCCCUGGAAGCUGAUUGGCUGGAGCUGACUGCCGCCUAUUAUUGCAAAGGCUGGUCGUUGGUGGACUCCUUCGUCUACUGGGACACACCCAAAGGCGAGCCGGUGCCCAGAUCGCUGGAGGGAUUGUUUGUGUACGAGGAGAGAAGCACCUCUCCUCCUGCCAACGACACCAUCGUCGUAGAGCAGUGGACCGUCAUCGAGGGCACCAAUGUGAAAACGGACUACGGGCCUCUCCUUCACACUCUGGCUGAGUUCGGGUGGCUGCUCACAUGCGUGCUGCCCACUCCCAUCAUCCGUCACGACAGCGAUGGGAAUCUGGCCACGAAGCAGGUUGUGUUUCUCCAGCGGCCGGUCAGAGGUCAGGCGUCGUCGGGACAAACGAGGAACCAGGUUCUACCAUUGCACAGCGACGUGUCCAGUCGCUCCGUGAGUCGAGCGGUCAGCAGCCCCAUCCCUCCGGAGGAGGAGCUGUCUCCGACCACCGGGGGCAUCGGGGGAUUCCCGGUGUUCGGAGGAGGGUAUCCCAGCGGGGGGUAUCCCAGCGCCCUGUCCCACCUGGAGGAAGGUGGCUUCGAGCAGGAAGAGGGCAAAGCUGAAGUCACCUGCAUGUGAGCAGGUUUUGGACGCGGACUAAAGUUGAGGAUUUUAAAACGUUGUUGGAUUACUGAAGGAGAAAUCACCUGAACACGGUGAAAGUCCAGACUGUUCAUAAACCAUCGUGUUCAUGAUCCUUUUCUUUUUAACAGACUUUCAAUAUAGAAGAACUCAGCACUUUUUAACGAAGCCAUAAUGAGAAUGAGGUAUUAUUUAGAUCUUUGUCCACACUUUACAUCGACUUGUUGGGGAGGGAAACACUUAAAGCAUAUUUAAAUCCAUCUUUUGUUUUUUUUAGGUCAGUUCAGGUGCUCAUGGGAAAUCACACUAUAAAGCACAAGCACAGAUUUCUGCACAACACCGGUGGUGAAAUGAGGGGAAGGGGCUCCACUUUGUCAAAUCAGCUCACACAGUUUACAAUUUUAAGUAUUUCACAGUUUAACACAUUUUCAAUGUCCAGUCGUCUCUUGCUAUUGGGAAGCUUUUCAGUGUUGUAACCCCUUAUGUUUAAUCUGACGUCUUAUCAUGCAAACAUUUUAAAGUAUUAAAUAUUCCGCAGUUACUUUCUUUACAUGGUACUGGCAACGCACCUGCUUCUCUCUGUAAUGGUUGAAGUUCUUCAGAGAUGUCGUUAUAUAAAGUCUUUGUUCUGCAGAAUACAAUAUUUAAAAGUAAUCUGGAUGUUAAGUUAGUUCACCAGACCGCUGUAACUGGUCUCUGCUCCAGGCUACAUUAGCCGCUAUUAGCAAAGCACACCUGAAUCUCUGACCAAACUGUCAAGUUGCAUUGUGGGUAAUGUAGGCACCAGGUUUAGAAAGCCUUCGUGGAGUAAAGACAUCUCUGGUUCAGCUGCAUUGAUUUUUAUACUUUUGUUUUGUAAAACUGUCUACUAUGAGACGUUUAAUCCGGUCUUUUAUUACAAUAAAGGGAUGUUUUCUAAGGACAAUGCUUUUUGUAAAUAUCUUAAUGUUCGUAUUCAUUGUGCAAAAUUUGGGUUUCAACCAACUGACUCAUUUUAUUUUGCUUUUUUGGGGGAUGGAAAGGUGAUCAAAUGUAUAAUUGUAGGUAUUCCAGUGAUAUGUAAAACAAUUCAUACAUGUUUAAAUGUAUUUUCCUCCACAAACUUACCAUCCAGGUUUACUAAAUCUGUUAACGUUCCAGCCUUUGACAGUUGUACAUUUUGCUUCCUUUAUUUUAUUAAACACUUAUUUCCCAUUG